GUCGUGACAGAGGCGGCCCGUUGCCUUGGAGCCAGAGAGACGCGGCUGGGCCUCCACGGCUGCGGAGAGGGCCCGCCGCGGGCCUUGCUCACCAUGUCGGUGCUGGAUGCGCUUUGGGAAGAUCGGGAUGUCCGCUUCGACUUGUCCGCGCAGCAAAUGAAAACAAGACCUGGAGAAGUCCUUAUUGAUUGUUUAGAUUCCAUUGAAGACACCAAAGGAAAUAAUGGCGAUAGAGGUAGACUCUUGGUAACAAAUUUAAGAAUUCUCUGGCACUCUUUGGCAUUAUCAAGAGUCAAUGUUUCUGUCGGUUACAAUUGCAUAUUGAAUAUUACAACAAGGACUGCUAACUCUAAAUUACGAGGCCAAACUGAAGCUCUUUAUAUACUAACAAAAUGUAACAGUACUCGUUUUGAAUUUAUAUUUACAAAUUUGGUUCCUGGAAGCCCUAGACUUUUUACUUCUGUGAUGGCAGUACACAGAGCGUAUGAAACUUCUAAAAUGUAUCGUGAUUUUAAAUUAAGAAGUGCACUAAUUCAGAACAAGCAACUAAGACUGUUGCCACAAGAACAUGUAUAUGAUAAAAUAAAUGGAGUAUGGAAUUUAUCCAGUGAUCAGGGCAAUUUAGGAACCUUUUUUAUUACCAAUGUGAGAAUUGUGUGGCAUGCAAAUAUGAAUGAUAGUUUUAAUGUCAGUAUACCAUAUCUGCAAAUUCGUUCAAUAAAGAUUAGAGAUUCAAAAUUUGGUUUAGCUCUUGUCAUAGAAAGCUCUCAGCAGAGUGGUGGAUAUGUUCUUGGCUUUAAAAUAGAUCCUGUGGAAAAACUACAAGAAUCAGUUAAGGAAAUCAAUUCACUUCACAAACUCUAUUCUGCCAGUCCCAUAUUUGGAGUUGAUUAUGAGAUGGAAGAAAAGCCCCAGCCGCUCGAAGCUCUGACAGUCGAACAAAUUCAAGAUGAUGUAGAAAUAGACUCUGAUGGUCACACGGAUGCUUUUGUGGCUUAUUUUGCUGAUGGCAAUAAGCAACAAGAUCGUGAACCUGUAUUUUCAGAAGAACUGGGGCUUGCAAUAGAGAAAUUGAAGGAUGGAUUCACCCUACAGGGACUUUGGGAAGUAAUGAGUUGAUUGACCUUGAGUUGAGAUGGAUUUCUGUUAAAGAUAUCUCUAGUUUAAAGAUACUAGUCACCUGCCAUAAGUCAUGGAAUAGUUUUUACAUUUACAGCUUUUAUAUUUAAAACUUGUAAGAGUUUUUUUAAUGAUUGAGGAAAAAGUCAUUUAGAAAACUUCAGUUUUCUAAAAAUUAUAUUUAAAAUUGUAAUCAAAAUGUACCUAGUUUAUAAAUGUUUAUUUUGUACUUAAUACCUGUAAAGUCUUAGUUUUCAGAUAUUAAGUGACUGUAUCAUGUUCGGUUUAAUAAAGAAUUUAUGCA